AUGAGGCCCUCCAUCUCCUUAGUUAUCCUACUUUUUGUCAAUUUAUCAGCGAUUGCAAGAAAAUUGACCACUGAAGAGAACAUUCAAAAUAGUUUGAAGUGUGGCGUUCAUUUUCUUGGAAAUGAGGAUCCCUCGGAAAAGCGUCUUAGUAAAAAAUCUUACGGAGGCAGGAAAUUAAUGAAGAACGAAUAUCCUUGGACCGUUCAUCUAGUUAAUAAAAUACGGCAUCAUACGACGCUGGAAGCGAUCCAUGCCGCGCAACAUACGGCGCUCAAAACGGUCGAAAUCACGCAUGGGGUCCAUGUCACGAUCGAACGAGCGCAUAGGCCAGAGUGCCAUGAUGAUGCGAAUAGUAAAAAAGAGUCUCCGGAUUCCGAAGGAAAGCCUGGUACGGUAGCGCCAGGUGGGACGGGGUUGCAGGAGUCAUGUAGGCUACCGAAACGGAAAAGGACUAGGAUGGCGAUCUGUACUUAUAACGCACGCACGCUUGCAUCGGAAGCGGCCAUCGAAGAUCUGAUGAUGCAAGCCAAGAAGAUCAAGUACGACGUCAUCGGACUGACCGAGACGAGACGAUGUCAUCCUCUCAACGCCGUAUAUGAAACUGGAGAAGAACUGUUCUUAGGAACAUGCGACAGUAGAGGUGUUGGUGGAGUUGGCGUCCUCGUCAACACGAGUAUGGCAAAGAACAUCGACUCUUUUGAACAACUUACGACCCGAAUCGGACGUCUACGGAUGAGAAGAUGUGGUCCAAUACCAGCUUUGACUAUCUUCGUCGCUUACGCUCCAACAUCAAGCUACGAAGAAGAAGAAGUCGAAGCUUUCUAUAUGGACCUGGAGAUGUUCUACCGAGAAGAUCAUGCCUUCUACAAGGUCAUAAUUGGCGAUUUCAACGCCAAAGUUGGCCCAAGAAGAACGCCGGAGGAAUUUCACAUCGGGACCCACGGCCUACAAUGGAAUGAUCAGGGGGAGAGGCUCUCCGAGUUCAUCAUGAUGACUAAGACCAUCCAUGGGAACUCGCAAUUCCAGAAGCCCUCCUCUCUACGCUGGACGUGGGAGUCACCCGGUGGAGGGUACCGUACUGAAAUAGACCACAUCAUCGUCAAUAAAAGGUUCUGCCUGACGGACGUCGCUGUUGUACCAAAGUUCUAUACGGGAUCGGACUUUCGCCUCCUCCGAGGAAGAUUUUCCUUCACAAGGAGAACAGAGAAAGCCGCCAAGUUCAGAGGGAGAAAUCCCAGGACUAUCAUCAACUGUGAUCUCUUCGCUACGUUAGCCGGCUUUUGGGAAGAUUCCGCAAUGGACAACAUCGACGGGGAAUAUGACCGGCUCGUUGAACACCUUCACGACUGCGCGAAGAAGGCUGAGAGUUUUAAAACCACCAAGAGACGCCUGUCUCUUCAAACUCUUGAGCUGAUACGCCAGCGUGGAGCAGCACCAGCCGCAGGGAACCAAGAACGCACGUCCGAGCUCGCAAGGCUUUGCAGAGAGGCGAUAACGGAAGACCUUAAAGAGAGAAGAACAGAAGUGCUGGCUGAAGCUGCAGAGGCGAAGAAAGGCAUCCGCUAUGCCCUUCGAGACUUCGCCAGUCGCAAGACAAGGAUGACUGCUCUCCGGAACCCGAAGGGAAAAACCAUUGCAUCGAGAAGAGGGAUGGAGAAAAUCAUCUACGACUUCUACUCUGAUCUCUUCGGCAGCCAUGUCCACUUGCCAAGGAUGACUGCUCUCCGAAACCGGCACCCGGUCCCGACAGAAUAA